AAUGGGAGGUAGAGACUGAAAAAGAAUCAACCAAAGACUUGACAUUAAAAAAACAAAAGCAAAAAAAAAAUCUACCUCAUCACCCUACUAAUCAGGAUGACAUUUUAAACUUUACUUUUCAUCAUCUGAAUACUGUUAAACCAAAAUCUCAAACAAUUUUCUAACUAGUAGCCUGAGCUAAUUUUAGAAAAAUUAUGUAUCACUAAAAGAUCUCUUCCACCUCCCCACUUUCCUAUCCCUAAGAUCACCUUCAAAAUUUGUCUUGAAUUUCUACUAAUGUUUUUGUACAUAGUGAUUUUUUUAGUUCACUGAAAGGAAUUAUAAUAGUGCUGUAUCAUCUAAUUUCAUUCGCUCUUACCACUGGACCUUGGUCAUGUUAAUGUGGUAAGUAUUUUAGGAAAAAUGAGAAGACUUGUAAGUACUUAACAUUUUAUUGAAAUUUAAUUGAAUAGUUAAGGGGUGAUUAAAAAUCUGAAAUUAACACUCUUUAGAAAUUAAUGACAGUCAUUAAGAUGUAAUGGGGCUGCUCACCAACAGUGCUCAGAAAGGUUGGGGGAUUUAAAUUUGCAUGGGGGUCAGAGCAUUGAAAGAUGUUGUUUAUAGUCUCUUGAGCCUUGACAGCAAUUUUGGAGUUGGAACAAAAGUGAUUUUUUUUGUUGUUGCCAGGACCACUGUAUCUACAGUAACCGCGAGUUUCCUUGGGUGAGUGUGUGUUCACAAAGGUAGAGAGACAACUUGGAGUUAACUGUGCUCUGGGUUGCUCCUAGCAGCAAAGUAAGCAAUCCCUUCCUGGUGAAGCCAAAGGCUGGCUUACCCAAGCUAAUGACUCUCACUCCCCUACUUGUCCUCUCAAAAUAAGCUGUAGUUCAUUAUUUAUACUAGCUUGAAUCCUGGGUCCCCUUAUGAGCAGAGACUAAUGUUCAUGCAGAAUGGAAUGAUAUGAUGUAUAAUGAUUUUUUUAAUAUGAUUUCUUUUCCCUGGGGGUAGCAAGUCCUCAUUCAUGGCUACUUGACCAGGGUGGAGAAAUGUAAAAAACAAGUGUAUUAUUUUGCUGACCCAUCUCCCGCCCAGGAGUUUUAGUGUUCUCUAUGAAGAGAGAUUGGCAGAAAAGUACAUCAAUCCCCAAAGUCAUUUGAUGAUGCUUUAAAAGUAAUGGCUGUUCUCGUCUUGCUAUGCAUGUCUGAAAUUCCUGAAAGCCACACAUGUAGAUAGGUUACCCCCAGUCAUGCUUAGAAGUUAUUGACAAAAUCCUUGGGCUAGCAUUUCACAGUAAAUAAUCAAGCUAAAAUGGUCAUUUCUGAGUCUCAAGAAUGAAAAAGAGUCUAGAGGUUAAACAUGAUAUUAGUUAUCUUCAUCAUUUCAUUUGUUUCAGAUCAUAUCUUUUUUGGUGAAUAGAAUGAGAGUAACAAAUCUCUGAUAAACUUUGGGUAAUUAUAUUAAGAAGCAGAAUGCACUUCACAGUAAGAAACUGGAGAAUGGAAAUUUACGGAAAUAAAUUAAGAAGAGAGUUUAGGUGCAUGAAGGAUAAAGGGUUUUCUAAAGUUUUAGGUACUACCUCUUUCUUAUGAGAGAUAUGUAAUAAUCUAUUUCUCCUAAUUGUCAAUUAAUUUCUCUCUAAUAUUAUUUCAUAACUUUCCUUUAAGUUUCCUUCUUCCUUCUAUAUCCAUAUGUUUGUUGUUGUGCACAGUUGAUUAUUAACGCCUUAUAAAAGAAGGAAAAAUGUUUGCUUUUCUAUACACGGUACCAAGCGCAUAUCUUGCUGCUUAAUAAGUGAUGAUUGAUGGAUGGAUUUUUGUUUCUACCUACAGCCACAUUUUGAUGUUUAAUGCUCUUGCACCUAAGCAUGAUUAUCCCAAACUAUAGACUUCUAGUGCUAUAAAAUCAUUUGUAUAUACUGACCCCAAUUGUACCAGCUUCUCACACUGUCCUGCAUGUAUGCAAGGAGGACGAUGAAGAAGUACUGAGAUCACAAAACAGAGUGAGAAAGUGAUGGUGAAAGUUUACUCAGUGUCAGGAGGCAGCCUUGGGACUGGCUGGAUGCAUGUGUGAUGAAAAAAGAUGUCCAGUUUGCAAGACAUAUGCAUAGUUCAGAUGAUGUAGAAGAAUAAUCUGAAGACACUUAAAUACUAGUCUUAGUGAGGGGAUAAUGAUAGGAAAACCUCUUCCUGAUUAACUCUUAGCUUCUUAAUAUCAACCUUGUUCGUUAGCCCAGUCACAGAGACUCCAGGCACACCUGAAAGAAAACAUGUUUUGUGAAGUUUCAUAGUUUAAUGAAAAAUGGAAGUCAGGUCUCAAAACGUGACCCUAAGACUAAUUCAAGCUCCACUGGUACUUACUGUUAGGCUUAACAUUUCUAUUACAUUGCACCUGUCAAUUUUUUAAAUGGACUUGAAAAUAUUUUGUUUAAAAAACAAUGUUAUCAACUGAGGAUAUAUUUUUAAAUCCUGCAAAAGUCAGUUCCCUGAAAAGGCUACAGAAAAGGGGCAUUUAUCAAAGGCAUUGUACAAUUUCUGUUUGUUGAGUCCUUUAGUUACCUAGCUUAAAAAAAGUACACUUCCAUUGAUGGCAAACUUUAAACACAGGGACUGUACAGUAGACACCACAAAUUCCAUAUAAGCCUUAUUGGAAAAUGUCCGUAUCUGUGUAUAACCCAAUAAGUGUAAAUGUGACCCUACAGAAGAUCAGGAUGUAAUGGGAAUAGGCUACCAACUGAGAAAAGCAUUCAUUGAGGAGAACUUUCUUUCAAUGAUAUUUGAAGUCUUGGUCUGGCAGAUCAGAAUUCUCCCUAUAGUCUAUUGUAGCUUAUUGCCUGUAAAAUGCAUUUUCACAAUGUCUAACAGCAUAGUGCCCAGGUGCUUAUGUGCCCAAAAUGUGCUUGAAGAAUGCGAUUUGAAAACUGAUAAACCAGUUUAGCUCCAGGGAAAGAAAAGCCAAGUGAGGAUUUAAUAAAAAGGGAUAUGUUCCUAAAAGGAAAUCAGCCUGAUGCCAGUAAGCUAUUUGAAAUAGAAACUAAAGCCUAGAGGUCAUGACUGAAGCCAAGAGCUGGACUAUAGCACAUAAGUAAUUUGAAGUGAAGUUUCUUCAAGCAUGUUGACUGGGAUGUAGCGUAACUUGCCAAAAUCAGCAGAGGAAAUAAGCUCGGGGAGUUGGAUACAGUUUUGGAAAGGGGGGGAAUCUUGAGGUAUGGCCACCAACUGUAUUUUGGUAAGCUAAUUCUAGGAGACAUAAGAGAUUUAUGUGUCUUCAGUUUGGUUCUAGUGAGUUAUGAAUUUAAACCUUAAUGGCUUUAUAGGAUUUUCAUUCAACCUUUAAAAUUUCUGGAAUUUUUACAUUUAACUCUUUGAAUGUUCAUUUUAAUAGUGAAGGAAAAAUUAAGCAGACAUCAAAUGAAAAAUUGGAAAGCUGCAACAUAGGAAUAUAGGUAGAGUGUUGUGAAUUAAUUGUUUUGAAGUACUUUAAAAAAGGAACAAUGGUAACCAUAUUUUUUAAAAGACUGGGAAACAAAUUACAGUUUUGACUUCAUGCUGAAAGUUUAGGGGUGACAGCUUGACAGUAAAUUCCAUCAAAAUCAAGUCUUGAAGGAAUGCCAACAUUGUUCUUCAUUUAUUUUAGCGUUAGGUUUAAUUAUUUGCUGAUUUUUAAUACCAGUCAGUCAUUCUUAGCAUCAUUGAAUUAACUCUGAACCCCAUAUCAGUAAAGAGCCUUAUGGUGCCCCAUUUUAUUAUAACAGUGCAAUGCAGAUUAAAAUUGCAUCUGUUAAGAUUACAUUGUAUAUUUGGAUUACAGGAGACAGAAGCACAAUAUUCUCUUAUGAAUAUAACUGUUGGAGCCAAUAACCUGUAACCAAUCACAUACUUUUUCCAUUGCAAAAUCUGAACCAGAAAGGUUUAUAUCUUAGAAAAGAUCAUAAAUCUGUCACCACUAAUGUAAUCUUUACAGUGGCUUUGUAACCAAUUAGUGACUAAAGAUCAUUACUUCUUCUGCUAUGUCUGUAAUCAUAACACAUAUUUGAUAUUUCAUAACUUUCUUUUGUUCCAACAGCAAAUGCAUUAUAAAGUGUACAACAUUAAUAAAUAGAGGCAUAAUGAAUAUGACUAAUUGAUUUUGGCAGUCAAACACUGGCACACUUUUUAUACAAUAGGGAAUUCACUCAAAGCAGUUUAACUGCUAUUGAGUAUGUCUUCAAUAUCAUAAUGGCUCCUAAUGUUGAUUUUGUCUGAGGUGAGCAAAGAAACAGAAGCACACGUACAUAUUUAGAUACAUAGACAUAGACAUAGAUUUUAGUUCCCAGUUUAAUCUCUCAAACUAUGAUGCUUUUCACACAAAAGAAAUGUUCCAUAUUGUAUGAUAUUUGAACCUCAGGACUCCAUUGUGAAUUAUGACAUUUCCUUCACCUAUUUAUUUAAACUGAAGAUAUCUGUUAUUAGACAUGGUUCAGGUUGUAAAGAAUCUUCUUGUUUAAUUUAGCCAUGUGCACAUUUACCUGUCUUUUGUCCUACCUUUUCUUGUUCUGGAGUCAGACUGCGCUGCUCUAAAAGUAACUGAUGGAAGUACUUAGAGACAAUACAAGUAAAUUAAAUUGUAUAUACAAAUGCAGAAACAUAACCUCAAAGUAGAUGUAUAUCGAGAAAUUAAUUCAUUGAAACUCCAAGGGAGAAUUCUGCCUGUGGUUUUCUGAAUUGUAGGGCCAAUAUUACCAUCACAACGAUGAAUGGCCAUCAAAACCAAUUUUCUGUUCUUUUGAAAAGGGACAGGAUUGUAAAAUACAUUAAGGGAACACUAUUUACUAUGGGCAAAGAUGCAAAAAUUGAAUUUAGCUUGGGUAUUAAUCCACGAAGUAUUAUUAUGGGUAGUUAACAACUGAUGUGUUAAGCUUUGUAAUUUGAGACCAGAGAUAGUUUGUACCAACAAACCUUUUAUUUACUGAGAUAAGAACUGAUUUAGAGGAUAUGGAAGAUGAUUGUCAUUCAAAUAUAAUUAAGCAUUCAUAGCAGCAAAAUUUUUAUUAAAAAUUACUUUCUUCUCUGCUGCCUGGCACCAUUAAAGGGAGACAUUGUGUUUGGCUGCAAUUAGGGAAAAAAUGUAAUGGAAAGUCAGUCAUUUCCAGGCACCAUGCAAUUGAUUUCCCACCAAUCAGAAUAAGGAAUGAGAUCCUCUAGGUCUAUUAUUAAAUUAUUUAUGAGGUCAUAUUAAAUCUGAUCAUUAGUUUUAGCAUUUCAGGUUAGUGGAUGCUUUCUUAUCAUUGUGAGGUAAUGAAUAAAAAAGAUAGUGUUUUGUGAAUAGAGCACUGAAUGCUACCUUUGUGAUUGUCCUGACUAAGUGACAUUUUUUUGGUUCUGUUUUUUUUCUUUGAAAAGCAGUUCUCUUUUAAUAAAUAUAUGGGAUCCUUUUCAAUGAAAUCCUUUUUACACUGAACUUUUGCUAAAGCUCUAAAGGGAUAUAGCAUUGAUUUUAAAAUUUGUACAGUUUUUAAAAAAAUGUCCCUUAUUCUUUGAGAAGUUAGGACUUUCAUGCCAAAGCUAGUUUCCUUGGAAUUAUUAAUUCAAUGCAACUAGUUGGAUUGUGACACAUGUUCAAUUUCCCUAGUAAUUGCUCUAACUGAAUGUCAAAUGAUUGCAUGAUUGUAAUCAGACCAGUUGGUAGAAUACUAUCCUGUCUACUAAGGGAAAACAGGAAAGUUUAUAGAGAUGUCAGGCGAUUCUGAUUCCUAUUUGGCUCAGUAGCACAUUUCUAGAACUAUCUGGAACUUUAGCAUCAGAAAAAUUAUCUUUUCAUUACUUUUGCCAUUUGUGGGUAACUUACAGUAAAUUUUUCUCUUUUCAAGGGAUUUGUACCUGCUUUGUGUUAUAGGUCAAUGAGAGCAUAUGGCUUUGGGGAGGGGCAAUUACAGGGGAUCAGGGCACUGCUAAUCAUGAUUUAAUUUCAGUUGUAUUUUUAUUGUUGAAAAAUAGUGGCAGCGUAAGAUAUAGGGCCAGCCUUAAAGUCAAGAUCGCUUUGGGUAUAAGACUUGGCUGUGACACAGAUAUGCUACGGUUGACCCUAGGCAAGAACUGAACCUAUUGCUGACCCACAAAAUAAGAUUCUCCACAUUUUCUUAGGAGAUUCAUCAUCAUCAUAAUAGAGUACUUUAAGGUUGAUAGGGCACUUGGUUAUUAACUCAUUUGGUCCUCACACCAACCCUUUGGCAUCGAUACCAUUAUCAUCUCCAUUUUACAGAUGAGGAGAGGGAGACAAAGAGAUCGACUGGCUUGCCCAGGGUCACAAAGGCAGCGAGUGCCUGAUGGAUAGGAUUUGAACAUAGGUCUUUCUGUUCUAUACAUUGCAUAAAAAUGACUUAAUUUUUCAACAGACUAAAUCAACAGAUUGGGACCAAACUGAUGUGCGUGUUUGUGUCAUUCAUAAAGAAGGAGAUGUAUAGUUAGAAGCUGGUAGUCUAACAAGUCAUUAGGAUCACGAAUCAGAAGAUCCAGGUUUAAGUACUAGUCACUGUCCUUUGCUGCCUGGCCUGUAGCAUAAUACAACUCACAGCUGAUCCUAUGAGAUGCUCAGACUACUCAAAUGGACUUGGAACCUCACAGAGAGAAGUAGCCUUCCAGUUACCAAUGUUUUUUGUAGAAGAUGCCCCCUUGAGGGAGAGAGGCCUUCCUCUCUUUCUCUUAGCAUCUUGGGAAUGCCAGUGGAGCAUAUGGACCCUCCCUCUCACCAGGGGAAGUUUCCAUCUUCCUUUACAUUCAUUGAUAUAUUUCUUGGACAAGACCCUUUUCUUCAAAUCCUCCUCAUAAUUUUGAAAUGCUUUUCAGCCUGCUCGUCAUCCCCAUGUGCUUCUCUAUUGUCCUCUGUAUAAUACUGAUUUUCAGUUCUUCAAGUUUAUAGUAUUCCGUGCCAGCAUGCAGCGACCCAGGAAAUAAAUGAGUUAAUGUAUGUGAAAAAAAA